UUUAUGGGAGUUGGGGUGUUUGGAAGAUUCUGGAUUCACAAACUUCUGUAUUAUAUGUCAAUUCAGCAAAGUUUGAAAAGCAAUGGAAUUGCAUUUGUAGGUUUUGAGGGUGAAUCACGUGAAAUGACCGAAAAAGAAGUUUUAUUAACUAAAUUCUUCAAUGAUAACUUUGCGAUGAAAUCUAGAAGCGAACUAUAUACCCCAAUUGAUUAUUGUCGUAAACGCAAUUUUGGCAAAAGUGGAAUUUUGGCCUGGAUAUUGCGUGCGAUAAAAUCCUCUAAAAAAGAAAUAACCAAAGAAUAUGAAGACAUAGCAAUCAUUAUAGAAGAACCAACUAAGAAUGGUGAUGCUGCAAUAUCCCAAACAUUUACUAAAGGAAAUAAGUACAAAAAUGUCAUUUUAUCAUAUGAUUUAAAUUUUUCCAAUUCUUCUGAGAGUACCAAAAAAACAAUUGAGGAACAAAUAAAGUUAUGGCCAGAGUCGAAACAAGGCUACUUCAAUACGCUGUUAGAAGUAAUAAAAUUGGAGAAUGAAUCUAAGGAAUACUGGACUAAAACAGAGUGGUGCAUGAAAUAUUACAAUCUGGAACAGAUUCAAGAUAGUACAUCUGUAACCAAUCCACCUCUUUAAGAAGAAAUAAAAACUAGUUAGUUUUAUAGAAAUUAUAUUUAAUUUAAUAUGACCUGUCACUGUAUUUUAAAAAUGUAUAAUAUUUACAAAAACCAAGGAACUUAUGCUAUAAACUAAUAUUAUAUUACAAGUGUAAAUUAGUCCAUUCAAAUUAUUAUUUUAUUUUAUUUAAAUAUAUGAUGUUUAAAAUAGGUAGGUACUUAUAAAGUAUAAAAAUAUAUUAACAUUAAUGUAUAGGAUAAUAACUUUUAUGAAUUUAUAAAAAAUAUACUGGUGUAUAACAUAUUAACAUUACUCGUUGUUUUGCUAACUAAUA